GUUGGUAAAGGUGCUGGUGCAAACUGCAAAGUUGUUUUUUUAUAUUUAGAAUAAUGGGUAAUUGCUGGUAUAAAUGGGAAUCAUCAGAUUAUAGAAUAUCAUCCAAUGCAAAGACAGAACAAAACCAGGAAAUGAGACAAAGAAAUGAUGAUAGAAACUUACCACGGAAUCCUGAAGAAGUAGAAGACCUACGCCGUGAUUCAGCUGCAAAUCCAUUGAUUGCAUUCACUUAUGAUGAGUUAAAGAUAAUCACUGGAAAUUUUAGGCCAGAUCGUGUCUUGGGGGGAGGAGGAUUUGGAAGUGUUUAUAAAGGGUUUAUUUCUGAGGAGUUAAGGAAGGGGCUUCCUUCUCUUCCUGUAGCUGUUAAGGUUCAUGAUGGUGACAACAGUCAUCAAGGGCACAGAGAAUGGCUGGCAGAAGUCAUAUUUUUGGGGCAGCUUUCACAUCCAAAUCUAGUGAAAUUAAUUGGAUACUGCUGCGAAGAUGAACAUAGGGUGCUAAUAUAUGAGUAUAUGGCCCGUGGAAGUGUGGAAAACAAUCUGUUCUCCAAAAUUUUGCUUCCCAUGCCAUGGUCCAUAAGAAUGAAGAUUGCACUUGGUGCUGCAAAGGGACUUGCAUUUCUUCAUGAAGCAGAUAAACCUGUCAUCUAUCGUGAUUUUAAGACAUCAAAUAUUUUAUUGGAUCUGGACUAUAAUGCAAAACUUUCUGACUUUGGCCUCGCUAAAGAUGGACCGGUUGGAGAUAAAUCUCAUGUUUCUACUCGAAUAAUGGGAACAUAUGGGUAUGCUGCACCUGAAUACAUAAUGACUGGUCAUCUUACCCCUAGAAGUGAUGUUUACAGUUUUGGUGUUGUACUUCUUGAACUUAUCACUGGAAGAAAAUCUUUAGACAAGUUAAAACCUGCUAGAGAGCAGAACCUUACAGAAUGGGCUCUUCCUUUGCUGAAGGAAAAGAAAAAAGUUCUAAAUAUUAUAGAUCCAAGGCUUGAAGGUGAUUAUCCAGUGAAAGGAGUUCACAAGGCUGCAAUGCUUGCAUAUCAUUGCUUGAACCGCAAUCCAAAAGCAAGGCCUCUAAUGCGAGAUGUUGUUGAUUCAUUGGAGCCUUUGCAGGCACACAAUGAGGUCUCUAUUGAAAAAACAUUGACCAUAAUCAGUGAGGUUCCCCAAGAUGAUUUGAAAAGGAAAGAUGCUGAAUGAUUGAAAGAUGAUAUUGUUUUGAUUAUCAGUUUUCUUUCCCAUGUUCAUAUAUGGAGAUGUUUUUCCUUGACUUCUUGUGUUUAUUAACAUGAAAU